AUGCAAUUCAGUUCGCUCGCACUUCUGGCCGCCGUCUUUGGCCUCGCUGCUGCUCAGAGCAGCACUACUUCUGCUGUAUCUUCGAGCACCUCUUCAUGCCCUGCCCAGAACGUCCUCAAUCUCUGCGUCUCGCAGCAAACUGCAGCCAACACUCAGUGCGGUCCUACUGACUACGACUGUCUCUGCACUGGCUACACCAACUUGCUUGUCUGUUACAACCAGUGUCCCAACGACCCUAACGCAUUUGGCGCUUCUCAGAACAAAGUGCAGUACUGCCAGGCUGCUAGCCAGUACGGUUCCUCUGCCAUGUCCAGACAGUCUCAGUCCCAGACUCAGUCCGCCACCGCUUCGGUUUCCAGCUCGCUCUCGUCUGCUCUCUCGAAAGCGUCCUCGUCUGCUUCUGCUGCUUCAUCGUCAGCCUCGUCUGUUCAGUCUUCGGCCUCUCGCAGCGCGGCUUCGGCUGCUUCUUCCGCUUCGGCUGCUGCUACUCAUACUGGUGCUGCCUCCAACAUGGGUGUGCCCGCUGCUGGUAUCCUUGGCAUGGUUCUCGGAGCUGCUGCCCUGUUGUAA